GAGACCUUUUGGAUAGAAUGUGACCAGAAAAUUACAGUCUGGUCCAGUCCGAACCAAAGUGAUACUGCUCCAGUCUUCAGUUGGGAACUUUCUUCAAGUUUGGCUUCGGUUUGGUCUGGACUGGUCCAGUUUCAGUCCGAUCCAAUCCAGUUCCACACUGUUGCUUGCAUCCUGUCACACUCUCAUGUUCCAAAAUUUGGCCAGUGGGACAAGGAUGAUAUACCUUAUACAGCCUUCUUCGAGAAUGCACGUAGGGAAAAGUCUGGAAUGAAGAUGAACCCAAAUGAUCCUGAGGAGAACCCGGAGGCAUUUAUGCUUGCAAUGGGAGGCCGUGAAAGCAAUAGUAAUUUCCGUCAAGCUCAGUCCCCUCUCCAUGUUAACUCUAACAUGUCAGUUUCAGCAGGAAAACACCAUGCUGAAAGAAAAUCAAGGCACAGCCCUUCUACAGAAAAUGCUUCUCGUAACCAAGAUGCCUGGAGCCAUAGGAGGAUAAGAUCAGAAUCUCUUGUCAAUAGAAGCAAUUUCGAUUAUUCACAGCAGAAACCAGGUAUGAGACAGGCAAAAUCUGAAUACAAUAAGGAUGUCAAUAAUGGAAGGUAUGCUUUUUCUGGGACAGGACACCCAAGGCACAAAAGUACUGGAAGUUCUAUUCCAGAUGACAAUAAGCAUAACAUAUCGCAAUCAGUUCCAAAGUUCGGGGAUUGGGACGAAAGAGACCCUAAAUCUGGUGAAAGAUUCACUGCUAUUUUCAACAAAGUGAAAGAAGAGAGGCAAGUUGGAUCUUCUAACUUAGCUCCUGUUGCCCAACGACCGAGCAAUUAUCCUGAUAGUCAGGCUGCCAAGCAUGAAGGUGUAAAGGUCUGUUGCUGUCUCUUUUCGAGAAAGUGAUCAACACCCGAUAACACCCCGACCCCGAGGACCUUAGAUUGUUUUCUUUAUAUAUAUUGUCUAAGAACCUACACUGUACACUUCUACUCUCUGAAGUUGUAGUUAUGGUUUGUAUUGGUUUCCUUUCCUUGUUUAAAGGCAAGAAUAACUUUAAACAGAGGCAUCUGAGGUUGAUAGCGAUUUUUUCUUCAAUGGUGGAUUUUAUAUUAUGAAAGAGUA